UCAGAUAUGGUAACAGGUGUUCUCUGUGUUUCAGGUGAUCCAGAUCUUCUCAGGCGUGGUAACAGGUGUUCUCUUUGUUUCAGGUGAUCCAGGUGUGUUGUCACGGCUCCUCAGACAGCUUCCACUUCAGCCUACCGGUCUCCAUGGAGACGCAGAGUGAGGGAUGGGACUUACCUGUGCAGGUAGGUGCAGCAGAACCAGCAGGUAGGGUCCGGGUCACACCUCUCACUGUGUGUGUUUAUCCACAGCGAGGCCUGGAGGACACAUCUGUGCAGGUGAGCCGGGAGGACCUGUGCCGGCUGACGGAGGCUCAGGUCCACCUGAUGGAGGCUCACCUGAUGGAGGCUCACCUGCAGCAGCACCUCUACUCCGCCCGGUUGGACUCCACCCUCCAGGGGGGCGGGGCUUGGCGGAACGAUGGCUUCCUGUCUCUGCCCAUAGAGGAAGUGCUGCCGGCGCCUCAACAUAUCCCAGAAUCCUUCAGGGGAAAGAGCUGGAACCAGAUUCACCUGGAGGACGAGGAGCAGGUGGAGAGGCUGGUGAGGCAGUUCAGGGGCGGAGCCUUCCUCUGCUACUUCGACUCCGAGUCACUGGCCAGGUACGGGAGGAGGCGGAGUCAGAUCCAGAAAGGUGGAGGUGAGAACCUGGAGGCGGAGUCUGACCCCGGCUUCCAGCCCCUAUUGGACGGUGAUGAGCAUGUGUGCGUCAGGAGGAGGCGUGGCUUCAGAGUGGCGUCCAGGUGCCAGGUGGUGAAGGUGAGUCGCAGCACUCAGACCGUCCGGUUGGUCGUCCCAGCUGUCCGUCAGUCAGAGGCCCCGCCCUCCGGAGUGCCAGCAGCCAAUCAGGAAGCCGAGAGGACCCCUGCGUCGUGGCGCUGCCUCCCUGCAGAGUAUUACGACAUCCUGACUCCUCUGCAGCCGCACAGCUCCCUGAUCUACCUGCUGAGCCCCGCCCCCCCCCACUCACCUAUACCCCUAUACACAGGCUCCGCCCCCCGGCGCUGCAGGAAGAGGCGCCCGCAGGCCUGUCAGGGGUCCAAAGUCAAAUACAAACCACUUCCUAUCCGCUUCUACAACCCAACCAGCAACCGCAUCCUGAAGCACCCGCCCCCCUCCCGAGGCCCCACCCCUUCAUGCCCCCACCCUCCCUGUGUCCGUCAGCUGUUCCGCAGUCUGAGUCCGGACCUGAACACUGAGGGGGAGGGGCCUUCCAGGAUCAAAGCCCCACCCCCUCACAGCAGGGGGGAGAGGCCACGCCCCCUCAGGAAAACCUCUCAGACGGCCCCCCUCCCUCCCUCCCGUAGGGGGAGGGGCCGCCGGGGUAACUGCCCUUCAAAAUAAAAUGUAAUAUCUGUAUUCUCUGUGAGAGAUCAUAUAAUUAAUAAUGAAUGUAUUAUUCAGAGGGGGGUCUUUAAUAUGUUUAUAAAGGUUUACAGGAACUCUGGACAUUUAAUAAAGUUAUAGUUAUUUUUUAAAACAAGAAAAAGGUCAUUCAAUUGGAUUUCAUUAUCAUUUAAACAAAUACAUGAAGUGCACCCGUCAUCCUGUCGGCAGCUGUAACACAUGUUCUGAGUGUAAAUGUUAUCAGUGUUUAUGUUCAGUUCUCACAGCGUCCACCAGGCAGAGGAUGGAGUCGCCCACCUGCUCGGCUGACAGCUGAAGCCCCGCCCACUUCCUCUCACCUGCACACAGGAAGUCAGAAACAAAUAUCUAACAAAAUAAAGCUUCAUGUGCACACGCUGUUCUGGUACAAACAAAUAUAAUAACCUGAUCAAAUAUAAAGUUACUGGUU